UAAACUACUUCUGCUGUUCUUGUGUAAUUUUCACAAAAUAAGAAAAAAGCAGCAUAUUGUUUUGUAAAUUCUAAAUUUAUAAUUUCUUGACCUCUCCCACCAUGCAAUAGUUGCCCACGUUGAUUGCGUAAACCUUGUGCAAACUGUCAAAUUCCGUUGGCACCCGGUUUGUUUAUAUAUUUUUCCACUCCAGGAAUUACCACAAUAUUCCACGCGUGAAGAUAAGCUUAGUGGUAAGAACCAUGCAGUAAUUAAGUAUUUCUCAGAAGAAACUCCUGCUCCAAAGAUCAUAUUAAUAAUGCUAAUGUGAAACGAACGAUAGAUAAGAUUAACUGUGUACCGAUAGUAAACAAAACCUCAAGAUGACCGGUGCAAAGAGUGAGGUGAUUUAUCUCGGCGACAAGGACCUUAACCGUAGCCGGAACAACCGCGAUCAGUCACCGGAAAGGCAGAUCAAGGUGUUGUUUUUCGACCUAACACACUACAAUCGAACCACUCAGUUCCUGCUGUGCUGUGCCGGCGUGUUUGUCCUGUACCUGGUGUAUGGGUAUAUGCAGGAAUUAAUCUUCACCCUGGAUGGAUUCCGCCCGUACGGAUGGUAUUUAACGUUGGUCCAGUUCGCUUACUAUACCGCAUUUGGGUACAUCGAACGAUCGCUGGAGAAAACGACCGUCCCACGGUGUAUUCCGAUGCGAACGUACGCACUGUUAGCGUUUCUAACCCUCGGUACGAUGGGACUGUCCAACUCGAGCGUUGGCUACCUAAACUAUCCGACGCAGGUUAUCUUCAAAUGCUGCAAACUGAUACCGGUGCUGGUGGGAAGCGUGUUGAUUCAGGGCAAAAAGCACGGCCCGAUGGAUUUCUUUGCCGCGUUUGCCAUGUGCCUUGGGUUGAUCUUGUUCACGCUGGCCGACUCGCAGGUGCAGCCCGAUUUUAACAGCUUCGGCGUAUUUCUGAUCUCGAUGGCACUGCUGUGCGAUGCAGCAAUUGGAAAUGUGCAGGAGAAAGCGAUGCGCGAACACCGGGCACCGAACAAUGAGGUUGUCAUCUACUCGUACGGCAUUGGUUUUGUGUAUCUGGCUGUGAUAAUGCUUCUGUCCGGGCAUCUCGUAAAGGGGGUCGUGUUCUGCGCCCAGCAUCCGAUGAAAACGUACGGCUAUGCGUUUCUGUUCAGCUUAACCGGAUAUCUGGGUAUACAGAUUGUACUGACGCUCGUACGGACAUGCGGUGCACCGUUGGCCGCAACGAUUACGACAGCGCGGAAAGCUGUUACGAUAGCUUUGUCAUUCGUGUUCUUCAGCAAACCAUUCACCAUUCAAUAUCUCUGGUCCGGAUUGAUUGUUGUGUUCGGGAUCUAUUUGAACGUGUACAGUAAACGCAGCAAACUUACGUUUGCUGAUUUGGGCCGGAUGCUCAACAAGGUUUUCCGAAGGAUAUCACGACAGCCGACGAAGGACGGUACGAAAACGUCACUGCUGGAAGUGUGAUUCUGCUCCGAUGCGGGGCUUUCUUUAGAUAAGCUAUAACGAAAAAUAUUCCAAAAGUGCGACACGCUAAGACAUAGGUGGAAAAUACAUAUAGUACAUGCGCUAUACAUCUUAAAAUGAGAA